AUGAAAAAUAAUGUUUUAACUACUUCUGACAACAAUACUAUAUCUAGAAGAAAAUAAUCUCAUCCAUUAACAACUACACGAUAAAAUACAUCAUAAACACAUUUAACUCAACCAAUCUAUAAGACUCCAGAAAAGUCAAGGAUAUUUAGAUAAAAGACUCCAUCAACAAAAGCAAAAGUUAGAACUUAACAUCAUGAAAACAAAGAGAAUGAAAAUAGUACAAUCAAUAAAAAUAGUACUUCAACUAAUAGAUAACCAUAAGAGAAAUAAACUAGCAAUUUAAUGAAGUAAAUUAAUUUAAAAUUAAACUAAAAAUCAGUAUCAGUUCCAGAUAUUUUAUAAGACACAAAAGAAGAUAAUGAAAUCAAUUAAUUGGGUUUAACUUACUUUUAAAGAGCAUUUGCUUAAAAUAGAGUCAUCAAAAUAUAGGACUUGUUUAGUUAAAAUUAAAUUACAAUAAAAGAAUUGGAAAAAAAUUGGUAGGCAUAAAUAACAUAAGAAUCUGAAUUACUCAAAUCUAUUCAGCAUCAUGAAAAUUUAUUAUAGAGUAAAAUUGAUUCUAAAGAGAAUUUAUUAAAUUCUAUAAUCCAGAUAGAAAAUUCAACUGGCCAUAAACCUUAAAUCUAUGUUAUUGAUUUAGCAUUAUUAUGA